GGUGUGACCCCUCCGAGGAGGAGGAGGCGGCCAUCCCCAGCGGAGGAGCCGGGGAGGAGGGCGGCGAUGUCUUGCGCCUCUUCUGCCGCUUCUCCUCCGGGGGCCUUGAAGCAAGAGAGCGUCCUGGAAAUGCUCUCUUUUCCGACGCCGGGCAACGAAGAGGAGGCCAGCCGGGAGAAUGCCGCCUCUCCGGGGAAAGAGGAGGAGGAAGAGGAGGAGGAAGAAGAGGAAGAAGCAGUCUCAGGAGCCCCAGUCGCCGAGGCCCCGGGGCUGCUCUUGGCGCGGGAGGCUCUUCCUCCUCCUCCGCCGGCGCCGUCGGGGCUGCCUCCUUCCUCGCCGCCGCCUCCUCCUCCUUCGCCGCUGCUGUCUUCCUCUUCCCCGUCCUCCUCCUCGUCCUCCUCCUCCUCGUCCUCUUCCCCGCGGGGGCUGCUGGCCUUCUCCCCGGAGCAGGUGGCCUGCGUGUGCGAGGCGCUGCAGCAGGGGGGCCACCUGGACCGUCUGGCCCGCUUCCUCUGGUCCCUGCCCCCGAGCGCCCUGCUGCUGGGCGGCCAGGAGAGCCUGCUCAAGGCCCGCGCCCUGGUGGCCUUCCACCGGGGCCUCUACGCCGAGCUCUACGGCCUCCUGGAGGGCCACGCCUUCCAGGCCAGCAACCACCCGCUCCUCCAGGAGCUCUGGUACAAGGCCCGCUACGCCGAGGCCGAGAGGGCCCGCGGCCGGCCCCUGGGGGCGGUGGACAAGUACCGGCUCCGCAGGAAGUUCCCGCUGCCCCGCACCAUCUGGGACGGCGAGGAGACGGUCUACUGCUUCAAGGAGAAGUCCCGCAACGCCCUCAAGGAGCUCUACGCCCUCAACCGCUACCCCUCGCCCGCCGAGAAGAGGCACCUGGCCAAGGCCACCGGCCUCUCCCUCACCCAGGUCAGCAACUGGUUCAAGAACCGGCGCCAGAGGGACCGCAACCCCGGCGCCAGCGCCCCCAACGCCGCCGCCGGCCCCGAGAGCAGCAGCCUCUCCAAAAGUGAGUCAGAUGGCAACCCCAGCACAGAAGAUGAGUCCAGUAAGGGCCAAGAGGAUUUAUCUCCGCAUCCUCUUGCCGGCACAUCAGAUGGCACUACUGGCUUAAGCCUUCCUAGCCAUAUGGAGCCAGUCUACAUGCAGCAGCUUGGAAACUCCAAAAUAUCUUUAAGCUCUUCGGGAGUUCUGUUGAAUGGAAACUUGAUGCCUUCCAGUCCUUCUCCUGUUUUUCUUAAUGGCACCUCAUUCAUCCAAGGGCCCAAUGGUGUCCUUCUGAAUGGCCUCAGUAUAGGGGCCUCACAAGCAUUGUCGUCAACUCCACCCAAAACAUCCUCGAAUGAGUUGAGCAAUGGGGUCUCCAUGACUGACAUCUUAGCCUCUUCUCCAGAAGAUGUGAAAGACUUCAAAAUCCUGCAGACCUCCCUGGCCAACUCCAUUGCCUCGUCAUCGUCAUCAACAACUAUAACCUACAGCCCCAGUCCUGUCCCUGCCUCUUUCCCAGGCUUGAUACCUAGCAUGGAGGUGAAAAGAGAAGAGAGUGAAGAAGCCAUAGUAUCACAAGAUGGCAGCUCUGUGGUUACUUUUACAGCUCCUGUCCAAAUAAACCAAUAUGGUGUUGUUCAGCUCCCUAAUUUGGCAACCGGUGGCCAGUUACUUAAUGGAGGCAUCAGUUUUUCCCCAGUACAGCUGCCGUCUGUUUCAGUAUCAACUUCUCAAGGCAAUAUUUCCUUAAAUCAAAGCACAUCAGACAGCGGCACGUUUACAAGUGACUCUACAACCGCCCAACAAGGGAAAGUGUUUUUCAGUUCGCUUUCUCCCAGCACGGUGGUGUACACAGUCCCAAAUUCGAGCCAGGCCAUCGGACCAGUUAAACAAGAAGAUCCGGAAACCAGCCUGAUGUUUUCUCAAGUGAUGCCUCUCGGACAGGAUUCCCAACUCCCUGCUAGCAUACCACCUUCAGACAACCUAUCUAGCGGAGAUCUUGAGCUAGGUGGCACCUCCUUAGUUAAUGUGACUCUGGCACAGAACUUCUCCCUGGGACCCCCCUCUCUUUUGAAUGCAGAGGAACUCAGCUCGGUUGUGUCAGAGAGCUUGCCUAUUUCGGCUCCUGCAACCAGUGGGGCAACUGUUGUUUCCAUUGGCAAUGGCAACUAUGCAACGCUUCAGAACUGUUCUCUCCUGUCCAGCCACGAUCUGAUGUCCCUAUCCGCCAUGCAGCCAACACUUGGAGGGAUUGGUCUGGCAGCUAACAAUCACGUCGGACCUCACCCAUCCAUGCAGGUGCACCCCCAUUUUACCCGGGAGCAGCGGUUAAUCCUGCAGUCAGUCUCCAACCUCAAGGAGAACUUCUUAUCCGAUCCUGACAAAUCAGCAAGUGGCUCAAUGAUGCUGGAUUCAAAAACCAAAUACGUCAUGAGCAAUAUGGUUGAUGCCAUCUGUGAGGAACUGGAGGCAGACAAAAAACAGCUGGCCAAACUCCAGACUGUACAGAUGGAUGAAGAUAUGCAAGAUUUGUAAACCAACAAACAAAAUGACACUUUUGGUUUGCUUUUCCUCACAAGGCCCUAGAUUCUAGGGCUUAGAAGCACAGAUGUUUUUCCCAUCUAGUAAAAAAAUAUGCAUACUGGACAACCCCGCCACCCCAAAAAUAAAGCAUACUUGAAGGGUCUACUUUAGAUAAGUGGACAUCUCCACUAGAAAUGGGAGGUUGCCAUGCACUGUUUGCAUGAAAUUUUAACUUUUAUGACACCCGCUUUAGAGGAACUAUAAUGUGGGACAGGAUGGUAGAAGAGAGGAGUAUCAGCCAGACAUUGGAUGGUCUGGUACAGGAUGGGUUGGCUUACUAAUGUUUUCCAAAUAGUUUCAUUAGACAUGCAACACUUCAAUGUAUUUUCAGAAAAUAUUAGAUAGGAACAAGAAUUGUCCUUCUAGAAAGACCGAGGAAGAAAUAAGUCUCUUGCUUUUUAGUCUGGAAAUGAGUUUACCUGUAGACAGUGGGCAUUGACAGAUGUGGACUUUCUUUUUGUUUUGUUAUUUCAAUUUUAUUUGCUAUCCUAAAUAAUACCUCACUAGCUACUGUUACCUUCUUGGUUGAGGUAGAAAGCAAGCACAAUCGCAACUAAGAAUUCCCCCCACCCCAAUUUCCCUGUGUGUUUGUUUUCCAGCAGCGUUGAAAUGUUUUUGAAACACUCACAAGGUUUGCAGUUUCUGAAAUGUUAGAAUCUUUUUUCUGUCUCUUUCUAAAGUUUUGGAAUCAGUGCAUUGGCAGAGGUGGGCAGAGAGGCCAUUUUAGAAUUUGAA